AUGUGGCACUGCAACUGCUUUCAGGGGCUAUGGCACAAGGCCCAUCCGACGCCCCUCCGUCUGCCGGUGGCAGAGCCAGCAGCUGAUGUGGUACCGCUGGGACUGGCCCAUGAAGCACCCCUCCGGCUGCCGUCGGCCGAGUCCGGGCCAGCUGAUGCGGUGCCGGAGACGGCCCCGCGCUCCCGCCGGAAGUCGCGAACGUACUCCAAGAUGUCCAGCUUCGUGCCCGAAGAACCGGAUGAGUUGGAUGACAUCGCAGACAUGUGGAGGUACUACGCUUUCGUGGCUGAAAAGCAGGUGCAGACUCGUACCCGCCGAAUGGUGGAAGAGGCCACCGUGGCGGACGAUCAGAAAGUGCAAGUGCCCACACGCAGGUCGCGCAUUCAGGGAACUCAGCUGCUACAGAACGCCAUGCUGCAGUAUGUAUCCUAUACGGUUUUCGAUACGAUCGAGAAAGGUACGAUCCACGGGACACGGCGGUUGUCGAAGGGAACGACAGUUUUGUCUUAG